ACUACGUCGGCCUUCAUCAUUUCAGCACACACAAGAUAAGAUGAUGCGCGUAAACAAUGGCAUCGUAAUUCGUUUAAAUCUACGAUUUGUAGACACAGCGAUACCGCGAGCUAUGCACGAGUCGCGCGUCGCUUUUCCGACCCCAGUUGUGAAGUAAAGUUCAGUGGAAUUGGCCAGCGGCUCGGCAUGGCUUCUGAAGAUGACACCAGUACUGUUAUUCGACUCCCCAGCGGUUAUCAAAGGCACUGCAAGAGUAGCAGCAGUGUGGCUGGACGUGCAAGCGAGGGCAACGCACUGUGGCACGUCGUAGCUGCCGAGUUGGUGGGUACUGCGAUGCUGCUGUUCUUCACCUGCCUGCCCGUCUGCUUGCACGGCCAAGGGAGCCAAGACGGCCAUGGACCAACACUUUUGGAGCGGGCGUUUGCAGCCGGCCUACUCGUCGCUUGUAUUGUUCAGUGUUUCGACCACGUAUCGGGUGCGCAGUUGAAUCCUACAGUGACGCUAGCAGCCGCUCUGAGCGGCAAGGUUACGCCAGGUCGAGCAUUGGCUAUGUGCGUGGCGCAGUGCGCGGGAGCUCUGCUGGGUACGACUACAGCUGCUCUGAUCACAGCGGACGUCACAACCUGUGGAGCGCACUGCAUAACCACACCUGCGUCACACUUAUCUUCUUAUCAGGCGAUGACAAUUGAGGGUUGCCUCGGAGGAUGCCUAGCGCUGGCGAACCUCGCCUCCUGGGACGCGCGCAACCGCCGCCUGGUCGACUCGUGGCCGCUGCGCAUCGGUCUCACAGUUGCAGCACUUACUCUCGCUGCGGGUGACUUGACUGGGGCCAGUAUGAACCCAGUUCGUAGUCUCGCACCAGCCAUGCUCGGACGGAAUUUUCAUCAGCUCUGGGUGUACAUCGUGGGUCCUCUGAGCGGCAGCUGUGUGUGCAGCGCCCUCUACCUGUGUGUGUGGCGCGUGUCGCCCCGAGUACCCGCCCGUCCCACUUCGCCGCCCCCCUCGCCCGCAUUCACACGAAAGACACCGCAUAUGUAAGGGCCAACGUACACUUUGGGCCCACAUUCUGGCCAAAUGUAAAGGGCGGUACUUGAUUAUUUGUUCGCCUUUGGUGACAACCAUUGACCUCAGAUACAGAUUAUAUACCACUGGACUGGCGGCUAUCCAAGUACUUUUGUGCCUGUUUGAUAUUCGCCAUUUUGGCGCUGUUGGCCAUUUAGCGAGAGUCUGCGGUACUAAAACUAGUGAUGACAACUGGGUGGGAAACUAUUUAAAAAAAAUGUACUUUAUUACGUUGAUUCUUGGAGUAUAAAUAACACGGAAAACGAAUUUAAUUCAAAAUGCAAAAAUACUUCAGGGUAUUGUACGUUCCUUCGCAGCAAUUUGCCAUACGUCUUAAUUAGUUCUCUGUUCUCUCGCCCGCGCGUGGCGCUUCAAAUAGGCACAAAAAAUUUGCUUUCAAACAUAUGGAACAGCCUGUCCAGUGGUAUAUUUAUACAGGUCAGUGUUGACAAUACUGACAACCAGCCGAAUCAAAUUGGUUUUUUAAGCACACGUCAAACGGAUAUUCUCAGUUUUAACUUUUAGUCAGUAAGCGUUAUUGAAUAAGUAAAUGAUGGUGAAUGAAAAUAAAUAAUGAUUUUCGGUACUUUA